CUGGGUUAGAGAAAUGAAAGAAGCAAGCCUUUGACACCCCGCUCAGUCUCCCUGCAGCGCAGCGGUCUAGGCUUGGACAAGGACCUGGAGAGCCCUGGGGCUGAGCUGAGAGGCUGAAGCUACCGAAGAACAAGAGAAGGACCUGGCAGAGCCAUGAUAUUUCCCUGGAAAUGUCAGAGAGCUCAGAGGGGCUUAUGGAAUGUCUUCAAGUUAUGGGUCUGGACAGUGCUCUGUUGUGAUUUCUUCACACACCAUGGAACCAAUUGCUGGACUUACCAUUAUUCUGAAAAACCCAUGAAUUGGUCAGGAGCUAGAAAGUUCUGCCAAGAAAAUUACACAGAUUUAGUUGCCAUACAAAACAAGGGGGAAAUUGAGUACCUGAAUGAGGUGCUUCCUUUCAAUCGUAAUUAUUACUGGAUAGGAAUCCGGAAGGUAGGAACAACAUGGACGUGGGUGGGAACCAACAAGCCUCUCACUGAAGAAGCAGAGAACUGGGGAGAUGGGGAGCCCAACAACAAGAAGAGUAAAGAGGACUGCGUGGAGAUCUACAUCAAGAGGUUCAGAGACGCAGGGAAAUGGAAUGAUGACGCCUGCCACAAAAAAAAGACAGCCCUCUGUUACACAGCUUCUUGUAAGCCUUGGUCAUGCAGCGGCCAUGGAGAAUGUGUGGAAACCAUCAAUAAUAACACCUGCACCUGUGAUGUGGGGUACUAUGGGCCGCAGUGUCAGUUCGGUAAGCCCCUUUCCUUUCCUUGUUUCUUCCUGUGUAAAGUUAUAGGGGUUAUUGUAGUUAUGGAGGUUGGUUGGGACAAAAUGAUACUAGCCAUUCUGAGAAAUGAGAAUAUUUGUGGAUCAUCAGGAAUCUGGUCCAGCACUAGUCCAAUGUGUCAAAAGUUGGACAGGAGUUUCACGGCGAUCAAGGAAGGUGACUACAACCCCCUCUUCAUCCCUGUGGCAGUCAUGGUUACUGCAUUAUCUGGGUUGGCAUUUAUCAUUUGGCUGGCAAGGAGAUUAAAAAAAGGCAAGAAGUCUCGGAAAAGCAUGGAAGACCCAUAUUAAAUACCCACUGUGAAGGAAAACUUUGGGGAUACUUCACUGGAUCCUUCAAAUCCCUCCAUGACAAGUGUCACAUGGUGUCUCCUGCAUUGAAGAUGAAGAACGUUUCUUUCAGUGCAUGUGAAAAUACUUCUAUGUCACCAGCAGCUCCUUCUGCUCCCAUCUUGCCCCUCAUCCACCCCCCCCCCCCCCCCCCCCCCCGCCACCGACCCGCAGUUGUGGUUUACAUAGCUCAGUCUUCUGUUUUCCAUGGAGAAACAAGACCGUGGGGAAAAGGAUUACUAUGGAGUAUAAAAA